GGCGGGAUUUCCUGCGGGAGGCGCCGAGCCGGCCUUGGAAAAGGAGGAGAAGAAGGAGAAAAGGGGUAAGGGGGGCAGUGGGAGCCGCCGUCCGGAGUGCCAGGGACCGAGCGGGACCAGCCGGACCCCCAGCGGGGCGGCUGGAGAGGCUCCGGCCCAGCCUUCAGCGGACCACACCUUUUCCAGACCCCUGACACCUGUCCACCGCCGCCGCCGCUGCUGCUGCCGCCGCUGCCCAAGGCCCGAGGGAAUGCAGGCUGCCCUCUGGGUGGGCACUGGUGCUCCUGAGCCACUUUGGGAAGAUUGGCGUUCCCAGUCCCGGCCCAUCCCUGGGCUGUCGGAAGCUGCAAGCUGAUAUCCGUCCAGAUUUCCACACAGCCUCCGCCCCCUCAGAGAUCAGCUUUCCGGCCUGUGGUGGCAGCUCACGAAGCACCUUGAGGGAGUAGCUGUCAGCGCCUGACAAGAAGCCCCCAGCCUGGGACACCAGACACCCUCCCCCGGACACCUGGUCCUCCCAAGGGCCCAGGGAUGGCACCCUGACGCCUCGACUUAGAUCAGCUUCCUGCCUCUGCCCUGGAACCCUGAUCCCAGCCCAGGGACCAGGAUGGGUCGUGAACAGGACCUAAUCCUCGCUGUCAAGAAUGGAGAUGUGACUGGUGUGCAGAAACUGGUGGCUAAGGUCAAGGCUGCAAAGACGAAGCUCCUCGGCUCCACAAAGAGGCUCAACGUCAACUACCAGGAUGCGGACGGAUUCUCUGCUCUCCACCAUGCCGCCUUGGGGGGCAGCCUGGAGCUCAUCGCCCUGCUGCUGGAGGCUCAGGCCACCGUGGACAUCAAGGACAGUAAUGGCAUGCGCCCGCUGCACUACGCGGCCUGGCAGGGCCGGCUGGAGCCCGUGAGGCUGCUGCUGCGGGCCUCCGCAGCCGUCAACGCCGCCUCGCUGGAUGGGCAGAUCCCGCUGCACCUGGCUGCCCAGUACGGACACUACGAGGUGUCAGAAAUGCUCCUCCAGCAUCAGUCCAACCCAUGCCUGGUCAACAAGGCCAAGAAGACGCCCUUGGACCUGGCCUGCGAAUUUGGCCGGCUCAAGGUGGCCCAGCUGUUACUGAACAGCCACUUAUGUGUGGCACUACUGGAGGGUGAGGCCAAGGACCCGUGUGACCCCAACUACACCACACCCCUGCACUUGGCUGCCAAGAAUGGCCACAGAGAAGUCAUCAGGCAGCUCCUGAGAGCUGGGAUUGAGAUCAACCGCCAGACAAAAACGGGCACGGCGCUCCACGAGGCCGCGCUCUACGGCAAGACCGAGGUGGUGCGGCUGCUGCUGGAGGGCGGGGUGGACGUGAACAUCCGGAACACGUACAACCAGACGGCGCUGGACAUCGUCAAUCAGUUUACCACCUCCCAGGCCAGCCGGGAAAUCAAGCAGCUACUGCGGGAGGCCUCCGGGAUCCUGAAGGUCCGAGCGCUCAAGGAUUUCUGGAAUCUCCACGAUCCCACUGCCCUCAAUGUCCGGGCAGGGGACGUCAUCACGGUGCUUGAGCAGCAUCCCGAUGGCCGCUGGAAGGGCCACAUCCAUGAGAGCCAGAGGGGCACAGACCGGGUGGGCUACUUCCCUCCGGGCAUCGUCGAAGUGGUCAGCAAACGGGUGGGCGUGCUUGCACCCCGCCUUCCCUCCGCGCCCACCCCCCUGCGCCCAGGCGUCCCCAGGAUGGCUCAGCCCCCUGCUCAUGACCCCCUGCACCCCCUUACGUAUGGCCAGCUGCCUCGGGUGGGCCUCAGCCCAGACAGCCCAGCAGGUGACAGGAACAGUGUGGGCAGCGAGGGCAGCGUGGGCAGCAUCCGCAGCGCCGGCAGCGGGCAGAGUUCUGAGGGUACCAAUGGCCAUGGCCCCGGCCUCCUUAUUGAGAAUGCCCAGCCACUGCCCUUGGCCGGAGAGGACCAGGUGCUGCCAGGACUGCAGCCCCCGCCCCUGGCAGACAACCUGAACCACCGCCCUCCGGCCAACUUCCGCUCCGGGGAGCAGCUCUUCACACAGGAUGUGAGGCCAGAGCAGCUGCUGGAGGGGAAGGAUGCUCAGGCCAUUCACAACUGGCUGAGUGAGUUCCAGCUGGAGGGCUACACUGCCCACUUUCUGCAGGCUGGCUACGACGUGCCCACCAUCAGUCGCAUGACCCCCGAGGACCUGACGGCCAUCGGAGUGACCAAGCCUGGGCACAGGAAGAAGAUCGCCUCAGAGAUCGCCCAGCUCAGCAUCGCCGAGUGGCUGCCCAACUACAUCCCGGCGGACCUGCUGGAGUGGCUAUGUGCGCUGGGGCUGCCGCAGUACCACAAGCAGCUAGUGAGCAGCGGCUACGACUCCAUGGGGCUGGUGGCUGAGCUCACUUGGGAGGAGCUGCAGGAGAUUGGUGUCAACAAGCUCGGUCAUCAGAAGAAGCUUAUGCUGGGGGUGAAGCGGCUGGCUGAGCUUCGGCGGGGUCUGCUGCAGGGGGAGGCCCCGGGGGAAGGCGGCCGCCAGCUGGCCAGGGGCCCGGAGCUGAUGGCCAUCGAGGGGCUGGAGAAUGGGGACGGUCCAGCUGCGGCUGGCCCACGCCUCCUCACCUUUCAGGGCAGUGAGCUGAGCCCGGAGCUCCAGGCAGCCAUGGCAGGGGGCGGCCCCGAGCCCCUCCCCCUGCCCCCUGCCCGCUCCCCCAGCCAGGAGAGCAUUGGGGCGCGUUCACGAGGGUCCGGUCACUCGCAGGAGCAGCCUGCCCCCCAGCCCGGUGGUGGAGACCCCAACGCCCCACAGGAGAGGAAUCUUCCCGAGGGCACAGAGCGGCCCCCUAAGCUCUGUUCCCCACUUCCUGGCCAAGGGGCCCCCCCUUAUGUCUUCAUGUACCCCCAGGGCUCACCCUCCAGCCCAGCCCCAGGGCCACCUCCUGGCGCACCCCGGGCCUUCUCCUACCUGGCCGGCCCCCCUGCCACUCCGCCGGACCCGCCCCGGCCCAAGCGCCGCUCCCACAGCCUGAGCCGGCCCGGCCCAGCCGAGGGGGAAGCCGAGGGCGAGGCUGAAGGGCCCGUGGAUAGUGCCCUGGGCAGUUACGCCACCCUGACCCGGCGGCCGGGACGCAGCGCCCUGGUCCGGACCAGCCCCAGCCCAACCCCGACCCGAGGGGCGCCCCGCAGCCAGUCCUUUGCCCUCCGGGCCCGCCGCAAGGGCCCCCCGCCACCGCCCCCCAAGCGCCUCAGCUCUGUCUCUGGCCCCACCUCGGAGCCGCCUCUGCUGGAUGGCAGCCCGGGGCCCAAGGAGGGGGCAACGGGGCCCCGGAGGCGAACCCUGAGCGAGCCCGCCGGCCCCUCGGAGCCCCCUGGCCCGCCCGCCCCCGCCGGUCCCGCAUCGGACACCGAGGAGGAAGAGCCGGGGCCCGAGGGGACACCCCCAUCUCGGGGCAGCUCGGGGGAAGGGCUCCCCUUUGCGGAGGAGGGGAACCUGACGAUCAAACAGCGGCCCAAGCCAGCCGGCCCCCCACCCCGGGAGACCCCCGUGCCCGCGGGCCUGGAUUUCAACCUCACAGAGUCAGACACUGUUAAGCGGAGGCCCAAGUGCCGGGAGAGGGAGCCGCUGCAGACCGCGCUCCUGGCCUUCGGGGUGGCCAGUGCCACGCCCAGCCCCGCCACCGCCACCCCCCUGCCCUCCCAGCCCCCCAGCGAGCCCCCCUCGGCUUCACCCAGCCCUUCCCGGCCUGACCCCAGCAGCCUGCCAGCCCCAGGAGCUCCAGCCCCUCUCUGUCCCAGCCCCCCGACCCAGCCCCCCUGCCCGGGGCCAGCUCUGGAGAACAGUCAGCGGCCCGGAGAGAUGGAGCCCCCAGCUGCCCCUGCCGCCCUCAUCAAGGUGCCCGGAGCAGGAACAGCCCCCAAGCCUGUGUCUGUGGCCUGCACCCAGCUGGCAUUUUCUGGCCCUAAGCUGGCUCCCCGGCUCGGCCCCCGCCCGGUGCCCCCUCCAAGGCCAGAGAGCACUGGGGCCUCGGGCCCAGGCCAGGCCCAGCAGAGACUGGAACAGACCAGCUCAUCCUUGGCAGCAGCACUGCGGGCGGCAGAGAAAAGCAUUGGUGCUGAGGAGCGAGAGGGGCCCCCUGGCACCUCCACCAAGCACAUUCUGGAUGACAUCAGCACCAUGUUCGAUGCCCUGGCUAACCAGCUGGAUGCCAUGCUGGACUGAGUGGACCUGCCAGGAGCCUUCGACAGUGCCCUCCGUGCCCUGCGGCGGCCCCUGCCUGUCCCCCAGCACAGAAGCAGCUCCUGCCGCCCUAGCAGGGUCCCUCCUGCUGCUCCGAGCCAGCAGCUGUCAGCACUGCAGCUCCAGGAGGCAGCCCCACCGGAGCCGAAGGGACUUGUCAGAACCUGACCUCUCAGCAAAGCCCCCUCAGAGUGUAAUCGGACGGGACGGCCCUGCCCCUUGGACAGGGACCCUGGUAAGAGCUUCCUCCCCAGGAAGAAAGCAGUGGUGGCAGGGCUUCUGGGGUGUUUUCUCUGUCCCUGCGUCAAGGCCCUCUGGCCACCCGCUGUGCUGUCCCGGCUCCCUGAGGAGGCAGUGUGUCUAGCCUGGUUCCCUGCACGUGUACAUGGGACGUGUAAAUAAGCAGCCAGGGACCUGCUCCCAGCGGUGGCCAUGGCAGCGCCCAGGCCGGCCUCUGCUCCCGCCCCUGCCUGCCCUCAGUGAGGCAGGCAAAGCUGGCAGGGGUGGGGGCACUGGAUUAACAGAUCCCUUAAACAGAUCCGCAAAGUCCAAAUCUUUUCAACUGUAAAUGUUAUUUUUUAAGCAGAGAGAAAUGCAUAUAUUUUAAAAGGAAUUUAUUCUAUCUAUAACCGCCUGAGAGGACGCAGUGGGGGAGGGGCUUGGGACCACAGCAAGAGCACCCACUGGCCACCUCAGGGCUGGGAGCCUGACCUGGUGUGCCCAAGCCCCAGCUCUGUAACCAUUAACCUCUUCCCCCAACUAACACCAAUGAAAAGUGUCAUUCCACGUGA